GUCGCUGCGGCGCCAUGAGUCCUCCGGAGCGGGCGGCGUGGCUCCUGCUGCUCACCGCGCUGACCGUCCACCAACCUGCGGCUUGUUCGGCGGCCGGGCGACAGGGACACGACCCCCCCCAGAUUUAUCUGGAAAAAUAUGGCUACCUGCAUCAGGACAACCACAUCCACAGCACAGCCGAGGUGCAGUCAGCCAUUCGGGAGUUCCAGUGGCUGUCCCGCUUGCCCGUCACGGGCAGACUCGACAGCGCCACCCUGAGGCAGAUGGCGGAGCCACGUUGCGGGGUAACAGAUGAAGGCAGUCACCAGGUGUGGACCCAGAGGGUGGAAGCUAUCUUCACCGGGAGAGGAGCACCUGUCCGCCGACCACAUCUCCGAAAGAAACGCUCUGCACAAGGUGAGAAGUGGUACAAGCGCCACCUGACCUAUCAGAUAGUGAACUGGCCUCGCCACCUGUCCCCGGCUCCUGUACGGCUGGCGGUGCGUGCCGCCUUCCAGCUGUGGAGCAAUGUGUCGGGCCUGGUCUUCCAGGAGGUCCCUGAGGGCCACGCAGACAUCCGGCUGGCCUUUUACGAGGGAGACCACAACGACGGGGCCAGCAACGCCUUCGAUGGACCAGGAGGAACAUUGGCCCAUGCCUUCCUCCCCCGCCGGGGAGAAGCCCACUUCGACAUGGCAGAGAGGUGGACCCUUAAUGGGCACAAGGGACACAACCUGUUCAUGGUGACCGCCCAUGAGAUCGGACACACCCUGGGAUUGGAGCACUCUCCUGUCCGUCACGCCCUCAUGUCGCCGUACUACAGGAAGCUGGGCCGCAAACUGGUGCUGAGCUGGGACGACGUCACCGCAGUGCAGCAGCUCUAUGGUAAGCCGGCGGGGGGGCGGCCGGUGCGGCUGGCCGGCCAGGUGUUCCGCUCUGCGCUGCAGGAAUGGGAGCAAACAGCCGCCUCCGUGGGGGAUAACGACACGUCCCGGCCCGAGUACUGCCAGGGCAUCUUUGACGCCAUCACCGUGGACCAGAAUGAGACGGUGCUGGUGUUCCGUGGCAGCAUGUACUGGACGGUGUCGGCUGAGGGGAACGUGAGUGUGCCGCUCCCUCUCCGUCAGCGCUGGUCACACCUCCCCCCAGCCAUCGAGGCCGCAGCCUUCUCACCGCAGGACUCCAAGUGGUACUUUUUUAAAGGUAAGCGGCUGUGGCGCUACUCUGGCAGCCUGCUGGACCCAGGGUUCCCCCGGAGGAGCAGUGAGCUGGGGCUCCCCCAGCAUCCCGACUGUGCUUUCUAUUACGCCCCUCUCGGCCACAUGGUCCUCCUCAAGGGCUCCCGCUACUCUGUCCUGAACCUCAGAACGCUGCACUCGGAGCCCUACUACCCCCGAAAGCUGACAGACUGGAGUGGUGUGCCACAGGGGACAAACGGGGCGCUGACCCGUCCAGACGGCUGCCUCUACCUGUUCAGGGAGCAGCGGUUCUGGAGAUUUGACCCAGUUAAGGUGCGGGUCACAAGAGAAGGCCAUUGGGCCCAAGAUCUGAGCUGGACUGGUUGCAGGAACUCUCCCAUAAGCAAUAUCAUUCUUUGACCUACAGGUUGAGCCUGUGAGCUUUAGGCAAAGUGCAAUUAAAUAUUUGUUGAUAUGUACUGUAACAUAAAAACGGGUUCAAA